CCACAAAAUGAUUUUUAGAAAACUUGAGUAAAAUAUUGUUGAGUAGGAUGGGAGCUGUUCUUUCUUUGUUUGUAAAAGAGGAGAAUAAUGAAGCAGGAAUUAAAAGACAAGCGGAAGGUGCUAAUAGUCCUGUUUAUGCUUUGGCCAACUUAUCUGGUGGUGGUCUGCUGUAUGAUCUGUCUAAGAAAGCUAUGCUGACCAAGAACUAUAAGGAGCUGGAUGAUACAAUUAGACAGAAGGUUCCUCCUUUCCUUUACAAUAAUGGGAAAGGUAAAUGGAUCCACUGCGCUCACCUGGCCUGCCUUCGCAACCGUGACCGUCCGAAGAGUAAACAGUUCGAGGCUCUUAAACAGCUGGGGGACGAGAUAUUCAACUACAGG